AUUAAUCUUGGGUGAAUUGGUUCGGUGUGUUCUCGAUUGAAAAUUGUGUGCCCUAGGUUACGGUAUUUUUGCCCAGAAUUUGGGGGUUUUGGGUUUUGCAAACUUUGGUUUCUAGGCAGCUGUCAAACGAUUCCCUGCUGAGAAUGGAUUCAGAAGGGCAGAAAACGGCUAACAACCCAUCAGUAAUGCUUGCUUCUCUUCUGAGUAGGAGAGCCAAGCUUCAAGACGAACUCCGGGGCAUUGAAAAACAGGUUUAUGAUCUGGAGACGAGUUAUCUGCAGGAUCCAACUCAAUGUGGCAAUGUAUUAAAAGGUUUUGAAGGGUUUCUAUCCUCAUCCAAGAACACUAACUUCUUGAAGCGAUCAAGGAAAUUUCAGCCUGAAGAUAGGAUGUUCUCAUUAUCUUCUGUCACAUCACCAGCAGCUGAAGAACUUGCAGCCGCACGAGAUGAUGGGAGAUCAGACUUUGGUCCAGGUCGUUCUAAAGGCGGUAUAUAUGCGAACGGGCAAGGAAAACCAAAGAAGGGAAGACCUGCGCCGAGGGAUGCGAAGAGAAUCAGGCCUUCAAGUGAACAAGAUUAUGACUAUGAAGAUGAUGCGGACAUGACACUGUGAAUGCGGAAAUGCUGGUCGACCUUUCCAUACGAGCUUUGCACGAGCUAGAGCCUGAACAGAGAGACAGCUUUUGUUUAUGGAAUCUUGUAAUUGUCAAAAGUCAUGCCUCUCGGGCAAUUUUCACUUGUGUAAAUUAAUCUUAUCUCAGGCUGUAAUUAUUACUCUUGAUAAAUAUUUAAAAUUGGUUUUUUUCUGCAUAAAUUUUGUUA